UUAAGUUUAUGACGUUUAAGUUCGCACCGUAUUUUUUGUCUUAAAAACUCCCAAAAGUAGGAAAAAUGAAUACAAUUUCGAUAUUCAGAGAUAAUUUCAACAUAAGCAUCCUUACAGACAAAAGAUUGAAAGAUUUAUUGAAGCAUACUGAGAAAAUUUUAAAGAACAAAAAGCUAAUUGACUCUUUGCCUGACCAGGGAAAAAAUUUAAAAGAUCAGUAUGAGAAACUGUUACUGGAGGCGCAUAAAAGAAAAUAUCAAAUAUGUUUGGAUGAAUUACAUACCCUGCUAAACUAUGUUGAAAAAAGGAGAGAUUUUGUGAAUAGCUGGUUGACAAAAUGCGAUAUGACCUAUCAGGAAAAACCCGAGCUUGACGAAGAAAGAAAAAUCCGUAAAGUAAAGCAGCGAUCUCGCUCAUUACCUAUUCUAGAUUAAUAUAUAUUUGGGUGUUUUUAACACAAAAAUGUUACCAAAUCUUCUGUGAACUAACUAAAAAAGUAUUCUGUUCGGCCUAUUCAGCCUCUCCAAGAGAGCACUUUAAAUUUGUUAACACGAUACUGA